AUGAAAGGUGAUAAUGGAUUGAUGAACUGCGCAGAUAUCGAUCGGAAUGAAAUGUCGCAGAUUUACAAACAAUCCUCUACAGUAGAAUAUGCUGUCAAAUUAACGUAUGUGCUGGCCGUGGUUGGUGCACGCGUUGAAAAUAUCACCACUACGUUUUCAGAUCCGAUCUGUGAUCGCCCAACCCCAGAAUGCAAUCAACUGAUAAUGGAUGAAUUGGAAUCUCUCGACUAUGUGUUCGGUGCUAGCGAUCCAGCCGAACUGAACUCACAACGAUUGCAGUUUUACAGGAACAAAGAUGAUUCUGUGCUCAUUUCUAGUGGUAUUAUCAUUGAGGGCAUACUCUUAUUUAACGACGAUCAUAUGGUUCCUAUGGUGAUCGAAUACGAGACUGGCAGUAAACCGCGUGUUAUCAACAACAAUUUGAAAUAUCUAAAAAUCCGUUCGCAGUGUGCGCCCUAUCGACCGUUUUGCGGCACUUGUAAACAAGUCACUGAAGUCGAUUCGAAUAAAUAUUUCCUCUCAAUUCCAAAAGAAUAUCCGCUCUACAUAAUGGCACUAUUCGAUUUUCACGAUGGACGCAACUGUCAGUCAUUCAAAAAUUCCGAUAUCUCAUUGCCGAUGUCGUUCAUUCAUACGAUAUGGACAUUCCGUAAACGAUAUCCUCAAUUGAAAUUGCUUCAAAAUCUCGACUUUGGCGCACUUCUCGUAGAUUCUUGUUCAAUUGGUAAGACUGCAGCUGAGGUGAUUAUUAUCGGUGAAACGCAGUGUUUCACUUUCCAACAAGCCGAUCGUAAUAUCACGAUUGUACCCGGCUCUGUUUUUGGUCAGUUAUACUCUUCAUAUACUUCCAGUCGUGCUCACAACUUCUUAUUGUCAUUUUCUCUUUAUCAUUCCAAAUGCUAUCACGUCAAAAAAUAA